UCAUGAAGAACGUGAGACAGACAGAAAGCAGCAGGACAGGCAGAGAAAGCAGACACACGCAGCUUAUCUGACUCUAAUUGCCCCAUACAACACACACACACUUAGAGGAAAAAGCAGAUAGGAAAACAGCACACACAUUUAUUGACUUUCACAGGCAAACAGACAUUUUCUCUCUCACACACAUUCAGGAAGAAGCAGCAGCAGCAUGUUUCUGAGGUUCCUUCGGGCAGCGAGCCUGCUGUCGAUGUGUUUGUGUCUGCCUUCAGACUACGAGGAUGCUAUCGAGUUCAACUACGGUCCCUCCUACUACAAUGAAAUCGCAGAGGAAGAGACGCCAGCACCCACACCAACUUCAGCCCCCUGCCGUUCUUCAGAACUGACCAAAUGGGACAAGAUGUUCUCCAUGUUGGAGAACAGUCAAAUGAGGGAGAACAUGCUGCUUCAGUAUGCCGAUGAUAUCAUCAAGGUGGAGAUGGGGUCACUGCGCAGUGAAAUGUUAAGGUUUGUAGCUCAGUAUGGUGGGUCCUGUGGGGCAGCGGUGGAGAAUGCAGGAAGAAGGAUGGAAAUGCAGCUGAACAGCCGUCUCAGAGAGACUCUGGAGCCCCUCAAACUCAGACAUCAGGAUUCUCCUGCGGCUGCUGCAGGGAAUUCCAACCAGCUGGAGACAAUGCUACAAGAGCUCCUCUCUGCAGCACAAACACAAGCAUCCAGACUUUCCAAGCUGGAGACCAGCUGCUUUAGCAGCCCAGGAGGGAUGAAUACCAAGGCAGGAUUUCAUCCUCUGAGGGGUGGAGAGCAGGGGCACCAUGAGCAAGAAGUCACAACAACAGAGGCCACUUUAGAAAUGGUGCUGGCUGCACUGCAAGAAGUGAAGGUGGAGAUGGAGGAAGCCCUGAGAUCUUCGAGGCAAAGAUUCUUGCCUGCAGGUUGUGAGAUGGCCCUCCUCUUCCCAAUGCGUUCCAGUCGAAUCUACACCUCUAUCAUACCAGAUGUCCCCGUCUCCCUGUCCUCCUUCACUGUCUGCAUGUGGUUCAAACCAACCAGCAUCUCCAACAAAACAGUGCUGUUCACCUAUGGAAACCGCCGCAAUCCAUAUGAGAUCCAGCUGCUGCUCAGGCGGAACACUGCCCUCUUCACCAUCGGAGGAGAAGCUCACCUGGUGGAGGCACGGGGAGUGGUGAACCCAGGGCGGUGGACCCACUUGUGUGGGGCUUGGUCCUCAGAGCAGGGCCUGGCCUCCCUAUGGGCGGAUGGCGUGAAGGUAGCGUCCACUCCCGGAGUGGCCGAAGGACACGUCUUACCCGACGGCGGCUCCCUCCAGCUGGGUCAGGAAAGGAACGGCUGCUGUCCUCCGUCCUUAAGCAGCGGGAGCAGCGUGGCAGGGUUUGAGGCGGGAUUCGACUCUAAGCUGGCAUUUGCGGGGAAGAUGACGGGGGUGAACAUGUGGGACAAAGUGCUGUCAGAGGACAAGAUUUCCCAGCUGUCUUUGCGGGAAGGCCAUGGCUGUGAGCAGAGCGGGAACAUAGUGGCGUGGGGUGUAACGGAGAUGGUGCCGCACGGAGGCGCUCAGUUCAUCUAAUAGUGCAUACUCUUCACUAUGAUCAUCAUUUCCACAACAUUGUAAGAGUUAAAUGCUCAAAGUGAAAAGACUUACAGCUGCUUUUAUCAUCUUUCUUCCUAUAAUUAAACAUUUUCGUUGUUUCAUUGUAGCAGAGACCACAAUUUUCCUCCUCAUCUCACUUUUUAUUACUGUAACUGCUAAUACUGCAGUUUUGAACUUUGGGCAUGUUCAAAUAAGACAAAAUCAAUGCUGUGAGAGACUUAAGUUUACUUUUUUCACCAAGCCUUUUGAACUGAGACAGUAAUACACACACACAAAAAACACACUGAUGCACAGUCAUCUUAGAAAACGUGUAGUUUCGCCGAGAACGUGCUGCAAGCAGUUUUUACCAAAGACUCAGUUAGAGUGCAAGAAAGACAAAGAGUCUAUUGUGAAAGUAAACGGGUUCUGAGCCAGUAAACAGAGUAAUCACCAGACAGCCACGCAGCACAAGUAAAAGAGGGGUCUCUGACUAUUACAAGUGAUUAUCUUGUAUUGCACAACAUGUGUUUUUUAGAGUACCAAAGCAUUUUUCAUCUUUCUGUUGAGAUGGCGAGUGCAGUUCAUCAAAACAUGCAAAAAAAAAAAAAAA